GGCAACCACUGUGAAACAAAAUUUAUCAACGAAGCCGUGUGCAAACUAAACAUACUGAAAACAAGCGUGGUAGGAUACUGCGAGACGGGUCGGUUGUGAAAUUAGGAGGAGUUGUCUUGAGAAUGAGCGGUGGAGAUUGUUACAAGUGUGGAAGGCCGGGUCAUUGGGCCAGGGAUUGUCGCAAUGGAAUUGGUGGUGGAGGUGGCUUUGGGAGGGAUCGUGGUGGUCCCAUGAGAAUGGACUUCCGCAACGGAAGACCUGGAGAUAAAUGCUACAAAUGCAACAGAGCAGGUCACUUCGCGAGAGAGUGUCGAAUGGACCAGGACCGCUGUUACAAAUGCAACAAACUUGGGCACAUUGCGAAAGAAUGUGAUAAGGAUAUUGACUCGGGUCAUGGCUUUUCAGGUGCGUGCUACAACUGCAUGAGUUCCGGUCAUGUCCAGCGUGAUUGCCCCGAAGUGAGUUCGCGGCCCUGUUACAGAUGCGGAGAGAGUGGCCACUUGGCGCGUGACUGCCCAGAAGACCGUGGCCAGGAUGAUCGCAAAUGCUAUGCAUGCGGUGGGGUUGGUCACAUAUCCAGAGAAUGCCCUACAGCGAUCCGCAGUAACGCAAGGGAUUGUUACAGCUGUGGAUCUUCGGACCAUUUGGCAAGAGACUGCCCGAAUGGCACUUCCAAUACGAAAUGUUACAACUGUAAUGAAACUGGCCACAUAGCCAGGGAUUGCCCCUCAGAGUCCAACGACAUUGUGGCCGCAGCGUGAUGGGUCCAUGCUUGUUCCAUGUUGCUCAUGUCUCUCCUGGAUUGUUGUUUUGUUUUGUCGUUCUCUGUCACUUGCAUUGCACAUCUCAUGUGUUGUUCCUGGUGUAAUACCUGGACUUCAAUCCUGGGAUGAUUUUGUUGAUUUGUAUUUUUGUGUUUUUUUUGUGUUUGUUUUUUUGUUUUCAGUGUAUGUGGUGGAUCAUGUUAUAGUUAUGUGUCAUGCAUCGUAACUAUUCCAAGUUUUUUUGGUUUUUUUUCCCUCUAUGAAUGUAUUUUUAUAUUUUUCGGGGUACCUUCAGGUCUGGUUUCUUUUGUUUUUUCUUUUUCUUUCUUUCUUUUUUUUUGUUUUGUUCUGCGCUUGACUGGGACAUGCAUCUUUGAAAAAUAAUGUUCACCCCUUUAGACUGAUCGUUCUUUUUUAAAGUGUACCAUCAUGUUAUUUUCCCAGACUAAAAGCUCUUUGUGGAAUAGUAUUUUUACUUCUUUUGGGUUUGUCCAAUGAAAUGUUCCCCCUGAACUGUCCCGAGUAGGCUUGUUAACUCCUUCUUGGCAGUUGCUGAGGAGAGCUACACUUGAUUGAUGUCUUGUUGUAAUGUCGUUUGUGUCUGGGAUUUCUUCACACUCCAUUGAUGUGCAACAGUUUGGCUUGUCUGCCCCCAGUGUCUGAGCGAUUGUGUGUGCAUGAUAACGUUCAUGUCUCUUUGUGUUUGCCUGGCUGGCAAAGGUCUUGAUCAUGGUUGGCUAGGACUUCAGGCUUUCUGAAGUGACAACUGAAUCCUGAAAAUCUCUACCUUGAAAUGCAAUGUUAAAAUAUAUAUUUUUUAAUAUGAUUUUUUUUUUUUUAAAAAGUUUUCAUGGCUGCAAGUACAAAUGCAACGUGAAAUGGUCAUGGGAUAUGUAAUUUAAAAGCAUUCUCUCAUUUCACAUUUUCUUCAGGGCCAGGUAUUUUGGAAUUCAUGUAGUGCCAAGAUUUUCACUUUUUUUUUUUGUUGCCUUUUUUUUUUAUUAUCUUGUGUGUAAGGAUCGAGGUGGGGUUCGGAAUGCAUUGAGCAGAGGUGAGGUUCCUAUAGGCAGCUGUUUCAUGGCGAAGUCACAUGCCAUAUGCUCCAAUACUCUCUGCCUGGUUUUGCUAUGUUUGGGAGAGAUGAACAUUUGCCUUGCUGGUGUUUUUCUCAUCUGUAAGACCAGGGAGUGUUGGUUCGUCGCUUGUUGCUUUGAUCAGAAGAGAGCAGAGGGGGGUUUGUAAAUAAACUGUUUGUACUCCAUA